AUGACAUCUGAGUCAUUAAUUAUAUAUAUAUACCUAAUNAAUGCUAUUGGUGUAGUACCAACAUAAUCAAAGGUUAAUUAAAUUAAUAAUGUGAAUUUGGUUGCAAGAAAGAGCACAAAAUUCUAAUAAGUUGAUAGAAAAACCAAGAAUACUCAAUCAGUUUAUGCUUCAACAUUAAGUGUUAAACAUGGAAUUCAUACAGCUUCAAGAGUAUCAUGUCUUAUGAAUCAUAGGUAAUCAGAAAGAGAUUUGGUACAAGAAGACUUGGAUUGUAGAAGGCAGCUCUUAGAAAAUUAGUGAAAUUAAACAGAGCAAAUGCUGUCAGAAGAAGAAACGAAAUUGCUGCAACUAAAGCAUAAAAGAAAUGAUUUGCAUUAUCAAACGAUGUAC